CGCACGGCUGGCCGAGGCGCCCAUGCGGGGCGGCGCGGCGCGGUGAGGGCGCACGCGGGCGGGGCGCAGCCGGCACCAUGUCCAUGCUGCCCACCUUCGGCUUCACGCAGGAGCAAGUGGCGUGCGUGUGCGAAGUGCUGCAGCAGGGCGGCAACAUCGAGCGGCUGGGCCGCUUCCUGUGGUCGCUGCCCGCCUGCGAGCACCUCCACAAGAAUGAAAGCGUGCUCAAGGCCAAGGCCGUGGUGGCCUUCCACCGCGGCAACUUCCGCGAGCUCUACAAGAUCCUGGAGAGCCACCAGUUCUCGCCGCACAACCACGCCAAGCUCCAGCAGCUGUGGCUCAAGGCGCACUACAUCGAGGCGGAGAAGCUGCGGGGGCGGCCUCUGGGCGCGGUGGGCAAGUACCGCGUGCGCCGCAAGUUCCCGCUGCCGCGCUCCAUCUGGGACGGGGAGGAGACGAGCUAUUGCUUCAAGGAAAAGAGUCGCAGCGUGCUGCGCGAGUGGUACGCGCACAACCCUUACCCUUCGCCCCGCGAGAAGCGAGAGCUGGCGGAGGCCACGGGCCUCACCACCACGCAGGUCAGCAACUGGUUCAAGAACAGGCGGCAGCGCGACCGGGCAGCCGAGGCCAAGGAAAGGUACGAGGAGAACAGUGAGAACUCCAAUUCCAACAGCCACAACCCUCUGGCUUCCUCGCUCAACGGCAGCGGCAAGUCAGUGCUAGGCAGCUCGGAGGACGAGAAGACGCCGUCGGGGACGCCAGACCACUCUUCGUCCAGCCCUGCGCUGCUGCUCAGCCCGCCGCCGCCCCCCGGGCUGCCGUCGCUGCACAAUCUGGGCCAUCCUCCUGGCCCCAGUGCGGUGCCGGUGCCCGUGCCUGGUGGAGGCGGCGCUGACGCCCUGCAGCAUCACCACGGCCUGCAGGACUCAAUCCUCAACCCCAUGUCAGCCAACCUCGUGGACCUGGGCUCCUAGAGCUUUGCUGCCACCGCGCCGGCUUCCUCCCGGGCCUGGCGCUGGGGACCUGUGAAAGGCAGUGCAGGAGGGUACCCGCGGCGACCCCAUCAGGUAUCGAAAGACCGGCGCGCUGGCCGAUGCGAUGCGGCGCUGUGUCCUCGGGUCCUUGUUCGGAAUUUAUUUUUAACAUCUUGCUUUUGAGGUCCCUUGGGGGCCACGUCUUCAAACAGGGAAAAGGAUAAAUUCCUCUCUCUCCUAUUUCCUCCUCUUCCUCUUUCUCUUCCUCCUCACUUCCCUUCUUCCUUAGCCCUGUUUCCUUCUAGGUCGCUAGACUUCUACCUUGUACUCUCGCUCUCUGUUCUGGCCUCUUAGCCUGCACCCUCUUUCUGCCCCCUCGCAGCCCUUAUUUUCCCAGUGUUGAGCAGGAAGGAAGAAGUCAGGGCCUUUGACCCCCGGCCGCUCCAAAGCCUCUCCCCGAGGGCCCCACCCGUCAGUGGACGCUGCAGGUGUCAGAUUUUCGUCUCCUAAUUUAAGUGAAAAGAAGGGGCUAUGCCCCGCAACUCCUCCCCUCCUGCCUGCGGACCUCCCUCUCUGGGCGAGGCCUCUCCGCCUCUUCCCACUCGGACUGAGACAGCGGCUGGCAGAGCGCACCUCCCGAGCCGCGGACUUGCCGUUUCCCUGUCGUGCCCUCUUGUGAAUGUUCUUCGGGAAAUAUUUCUGCUUCUAUUUUAUAAUAAAAUUAGAAAU